AUGUGGGCAACAACCUGGCUCGUGGUGCUGGCACUUGGGCUCACCCAGGGCACGCUGAGGUUAGACCCCCUAGUAGACACACAACAGGGUCUGAUAAGGGGUCUGAGGGCCGAUGACGGUGACUACUCCAUGUUCUUGGGCAUACCAUACGCUAGAGUCGAUGAAGAUAAUCCUUUCGGGAAAUCGACCCCACACCCAAAAUUCGAUGAUAUCUUCGAAGCUUACGACGAUUCAGCGAUAUGUCCACAAGUCGAAGAGUUCGGCAACACGAUCGUGGGUAGUCUGGACUGCUUGCAUUUGAAUGUAUACGUGCCAAACAAGGCCAGUAGUAGGAACAAGCUGCCAGUCCUGGUCUGGAUAUAUGGGGGGGGCUUCACUAUUGGCUUCGCGAAUAGAUACUUAUAUGGUCCGAAAUUUCUGGUCCAACACGACGUUAUCCUGGUCACACUUAAUUACAGAUUAGGCCCAUAUGGUUUCAUGUGCUUAGACACACCAGAGGUUCCUGGUAACCAGGGUCUCAAGGACCAACUGUUGGGCAUGCGUUGGGUGAAGGAAAACAUUGGUUAUUUCGGCGGUGAUACCAAUAAGAUAACUUUGAUGGGCGAAAGCGCGGGCGCCGCGUCUGUUGAGUACCACUUAUACUCAAACCAGGAGAGGUUGUUCAAUCAGGCAAUCCUGCAGAGCGGUUCAGCACUGUCUCCUUGGGCUUUAGUAGAGUCAGAUCCGACAGUACCUUUGAAAAUCGCUGAACGUCUAGGCUACCAAACGGAAGACCUAUCUGAGGCGUUAGCAUUCCUAAAAGGCAUCGACACGAAACUAGUAAUCGCGGCCACAUCCGAAUUGGAUUUAGGCUUUCGGGCUUGCGUGGAAAAACAAUUCGAUGACGACGAAGGUUUUCUGACUGAACAUCCACAAAAUGUGGACGUACCUAAAGUUAGGAAUAUGCCAGUUCUAUCCGGUUUCAAUAGCAACGAGGAUCUUGUCAAUUACGCUUAUAAAACUGCCGAUGAAUACCUGAGCGUCUUCAACAAUUUAUUGAAGACGACCUUUAAUUAUGAUGAUGAUUUCACUGCAAUGGAAGACAUCGUUCGUCACUUUUACAUCGGUGACGAGGAGGUGAGUGAUGAAGUAAAAGGCAGCAUCACCGAUUUCAGUUCAGACUUCCGUUUCACGUAUCCAGUGCAGAGGAGUUUGAAGAAAUUCCUCGAGAACGGUGCCAAGGAUAUCUUCCAAUACGUGUUCUCGUACAGUGGGGGAAGGAAUUUCGCCAAGACGAUAGAAAAUGUUACGGGUGACGGUGCAUCGCACGCCGACGAAAUCGGUUACCUUUUCGAUCUGUCCUACGACAAAGCGACGCCUUCGGAAGACGAUCAGAGAAUCAUUGACCAGAUGACCACGCUCUGGACAAACUUCGUUAAAUACGGAAAUCCAACACCAGAGACAACAGAACUCCUGCCCUUGAAAUGGAUUCCAAUAACGAAUGAAACUUACAACUAUCUCGACAUCGACAAGGAGCUGUCUUUGAAGAAGCGACCGUUUCACGACAGACUGGCUUUUUGGGAGCUGUUCUACCAGGUCAACGAAGAUAAGCUAAAGAGUCACAAUGGAGAUUGA